AUGAAGCAAGUACAACUACUUCGGCAACUACAACUACGACAACGACAACUAGUACUACAAGCACAACUACUUCUACGAGCUCAAGCAGUUCUACCACCACCACCAGCACCACCAGCACCACGAGUACAACUAGCACUACAAGCACGACCACAACAACAACGACAACUAAUACCACAAGCACAAGCACAACAACAACGACAACUAGCACCACGAGCACGACUACCACUUCAACCACAUCCACAACUGCUACUGACUGACCUCCGAUUGCGAUUUCUUAAAAAUAUAGGAAUCCUUAUAGGAUUCAGUUUGUCUAAAAUAUAG